AUGGACUCGUUUCCCUGUCUUGUCAUUCGAGGCAUGGGCAACUACGCCGACUCUCAUAAAAGCAAAGCCUGGCAGCCAUAUGCAGCGGCAACGGCGGCCUUCUACGCAAGACAACUUCUACAAGUGAUACCAGGGCAAGAGGUUGAGAGUCUGCCUUUGGCCAAGCAGCGGAAGAUUGCGAGAUACUUGACUGGAUCACAACCGUCAAUUUUGCAUCUCAGCAAAGGGACUAUUUUCAGACGACAGCCUGGGACCGGCGAAUGGUUCCUUAACUCUAUCGAAUUCCAGAACUGGCGCCAAGAACGCCGAAAGACCAUGUUUUGCACUGGGACUCCAGGGGCUGGGAAGACCAUCAUCACUUCGAUUGCAAUCAACGAUCUCCUUCAAAAUGCCGUUAACGACGAAGCCGAGACACGUUUAUCUUUACCGACAGAAGUGAAAAUGCUGUUUAAGCAUCAUAGCGAAGGAACACUACAUUUAAUCGAGGAGGUAUCAGCUACCCUCGUCGCUGUGGCGAUGAGCUACUCGAGGGUAUUCAUCUUCAUCGACGCCCUUGAUGAAGGUCCGAGCUCUGAAGGUGGUCUCGAGAAGCUUUUAGCAGAAUUCAAAUUACAAACCAAGUGCGGAGCUAACGUUUUGGAAACAUCGUGUGAGAGUACUGAGAUACAGAAAUAUUUUGGGAACAAGAAGCUAUUUCGAAUUUAUGCGCUUGAGGACGACGUGACAACAUACCUCGAGCAAAAAAUGAUGCUCCAAGAUCCAGAAAUUUGGGACAAUGCCCUAAUGCAAGACGUUAAGAGGAAGGUUGUUGGGACUAUUGAUGGAAUGUUUCUACUCGCGGAGCUUUACAUCAAUUCAUUGACUCCUUUACCAACGAAAGGGCAUGUCAAACAUGCUCUGCGAAAGCUCAAAAAGGGUGCUAUUGGAUUGAAUAACCUCUACAACGAUACAAUGGAAUGGAUUGGGAAUCAAAUUCCAGAGAGACGAGAAGUUGCAAAACAAGCACUAGCCUGGAUAUUCUUCGCGAAAAGACCGCUCAUGAUUGCUGAGCUCCAAUCUGCUCCUGCCGUCAGACUUAAUUCCGGGUCUCGGCCCAGGGCCGUCACCAGACACAGCAAACAGGAAGACACAAUUCCGUCUGCUUUUGAUGAGCCAUUUGAUGCUGAACAUCCAAAAUACUGGCGGUUGUGUCUAAAUGAGCCGCUACUGAUGUCCUUCGGCGACCGGCUUCAACCGCGAGUACCAAGAGGAAUGUAA